AUGAAAGAGAAGAGUAAAAACGCGGCGCGCUCCAGACGUGAAAAAGAGAACUCCGAAUUCCUCGAACUGGCGAAACUCCUUCCACUACCGUCUGCUAUCACAUCACAACUGGACAAAGCGUCCGUGAUACGCUUAACCACCAGUUACCUGAAGAUGAGGCAGGUGUUUCCUGAUGGUCUCGGAGACGCUUGGGGAGCAGCACCACCACCUCUACAACCGCGCGAGCUCUCCAUCAGGGAGCUGGGCUCGCAUCUUCUCCAAACCUUGGACGGAUUCAUCUUCGUCGUGGCACCGGAUGGGAAGAUCAUGUACAUCAGUGAGACCGCAUCGGUGCAUCUUGGACUCAGUCAGGUUCAGUUGACCGGCAACUCAAUAUACGAGUACAUUCACCAAGCGGACCACGAGGAGAUGAGCGCGGUUCUGAGCCUGCAGCAUCCACACUCUUAUUUAGGACACCAAUAUUCAAGCUUGGGAUAUCCAGUGGGCGGCACGUGGGGCCCCACAGUGGACGUGGAAUGCGAGCGCGCCUUCUUCAUACGGAUGAAGUGUGUACUCGCAAAGAGAAACGCGGGACUCACGACGUCCGGAUAUAAGGUCAUCCACUGUUCAGGCUACCUGAGAGCUCGUAGAUUCGGCGAGGCUACAGCACCUCUAGGUUUGAUUGCUGUGGGACACUCACUGCCGCCAUCUGCCGUCACCGAACUCAAGCUCCACUCCAACAUGUUCAUGUUCCGAGCGUCGCUGGACAUGAGACUCAUAUUCCUUGACGCUAGAGUGGCUACACUGACAGGAUACGAACCCCAGGAUCUCAUCGAGAAAACGCUCUAUCACUUCAUCCAUGGAACGGAUGUGCUUCACAUGAGAUAUUCUCACUGCACGUUAUUAACAAAAGGCCAAGUAACGUCCCGCUACUACCGCUUUCUAACAAAGUCCGGCGGCUGGGUAUGGAUGCAGAGCUAUGCCACCAUAGUACACAACUCGCGGUCAUCCAGACCUCACUGCAUCGUAUCGGUUAACUAUGUACUUAGCGACAUCGAAGAAAAACAUCUGAUACUAAAUAUAGACCAAGGUCCGCCGAAGCUGAACAGCCAUACGGAAGUGCCAACGCCAUCCCACGUUCCCACCACCACCACAUCACCACAAAUGCCGCACGUCAGACAUACAGACAACAAGGUCAACCAUAUACAUCUAAACGAAAGCGAUUUCAGCACAGACUCGAGCGGUGGCUACAAUUACCCGGAGUACACGUUACCAGUAAUGCCGCCAUACGAAACACCCGAAGACUACCACCAACCACAAAAUGGCCCCUAUGAACUAUUCUACAACGAAAAUUACACGGAACCGGAAAUUUUACCAAACAAUUACGCUUAUCCUCAAAACCAACGCCCGUUCUCUGCCAGCUCAUCAAGCUGCAGUUCAAUAGAAAGCUCGGAGAUCGCAAAUCAACAAUACAAUUACACCAAUUUGAUCUCUUUCUAUGGACACAACAGUCAAAAUCAAAAUGGUAGACCUUUACAGGGUAAUUUCGGCGGGAACUUCACCAAAAUGGCGCCGAGUCCUACAGUACAAGAAGGCGCGUAUACAAGUGUUAUAGUUGACAAUACUCAACAGUUUCAUCAUCAUGGCGGAAGCGUUAAUGAAUUUGUGCACUGA